UCAAUGGUUCGUCUGCUUUAAUUGUGCAAUUGUAUUGAUUUGAACUCCAUCUUUUAAGGGUUUUUUGGUGCGCGCGCUCAUUUCAGAAUGGCGGGAAUAGAGUGCACGUGUGUUUUGACGUGUGUCAAUUAAAAAUUAUUACCCGAAAUGGAUUCGAUUUCCACUAUUUCGAAAUAUGUGGGCUGUAAUAAAUCGCGUAGACUAAAUUCGGGCCACAAAAGUUCACCUUUAGGGGUGCAUGAAUUAGAUUUUUAAAAAGCACGCAGUAGAAACUGUAUAAAUUGUACCUAUUCUGUGUGUGCGCAAUAAGAGUUAUUAGCGCAUACUCGUUUUUACGACGACGACGAAGGAAUGAUUACAGUUCUUAGAGAUGAAGGAUUUUUGAUUAAAGGGCUGAACAGUGCAUAGAAAACCCAAUCAAUGAGUGAAAAUGGAUUCGGAACGACUGUUUGCUCAGACAUGUAGAAUUUGUUCAGCUGAGCUUGAAAAUGGCGUUUUGGUUUUUGGAGAAGAAGGAAAAAAAUUAUAUUUACAAGCGAAGAUUAGAAAAUAUUUGUAUAUAAAGAUUUCCGUCGACGAUAAAUUGCCAAAAAUGAUUUGUGAGAGUUGCUGUAAAAAACUGGAAGGUAUUCAUAAAUUUGCUACAAUGGCCGUAAAAAUACAAGAUAAAUUUAAUCAACUUGUCAUCAAUUCGUCAGAUAGUUCGUUUAAUGACGAAUAUAAGGAUGAAAAUAAAGGCUUAUUACAUACAUAUCUUACAAAGGGAAUUAAAGAAAAAGAGGAAGUUACAGAAAUGGAAGUUAAGGUAGAUCCCAUGCUAAUCCUUCAAUGUUCUGAUGACUCUUCGAACGAUGGUGCAUCCGACACUGAAAGUUUACCUGAAAGUCACGCGUCUAUUGACAAAUUAUCAACUAAUUGUGACGAUGUUGACCAAACAUUGUACAACUGUAGUUUUUGCCCUAGAUGUUUUACUUCAGAAAUUGCACUUCAAAGUCAUAUGUGGAAUCACAUACCUCAGAACAAACAUAUAGUAUUAUUAAACAUUAACAACACAGAUUGGGAAUGGCAAGCAAACAGUGACGAAAAAAAUUGUAACACACGUCUAAUGUCUGAAAGUGCUUCAAGUACUACCAGCGAUGAAUGUGAAACAUCCGAAAACGGUAAUUCUGAGACAGUUCAAAUAGACCAAGAAAACAACUUUCGUUUCACGUGUCCAAUAUGCGGGAAAGUCAUAUCUACCAAGGGAAAUUUAAAGGUGCACUUGGAAACACAUCGACCAAAAGGAAAAUAUGGAUGCGAGAUUUGUGGCAGAAUAUUCAAAACACAAUGCAAUCUUUAUCGGCAUAAGGAAUACCACGAAGGCAUUCAAUUUCCAUGUGUCGUCUGUGGGCGAGUGUAUCCAACAAACAGCACCCUAAGAGCUCAUUCCAUCACGCACAGCGACCUCAGACCACAUAAGUGUCCAUUGUGCAUUAAAACUUUUAAGAGAAAUCAAGACUUGAAAUUUCAUAUUAAUCAACAUACCGGCGCGAGACCUUAUCAAUGCCCAUAUUGUCCAAAGGCCUUCGCUAGUUCGGGAAACUGUUUUUCGCAUAGGAAACGAAUGCAUCCAUUUGAAGUGGAAAGAGAUAGAGAGAAAGCAGCCAAAAUUAUGCGAUAAUGCACUGUAACUUUGUUUGUUAUUUUUAUAAAUGCUAUCAUUUUUGAAGUAGGUAGUGAAUGUUAUGGGGAUAAAUGAAAGAUACGAUGUUUUGAUAAUUUAUAUCUUUAAUAGAGUAUUAACAGAAAGUGAUAUACAAGUUCUAGUUAAGUUUUUAGAAAACUGUGAUCAAUUUGUAUAUAUGUACUUCCUUGAGGCUAUAUCGUUGUUUAUUUAUACUUGUAUUGGUGAAAUAGCAAUAAGUAGGUAUUUGGUACUAAUUAAAGCAAUCUUUCGUUUUGUAUUAUAUUACGUUAAAAUACAUCAGUAUUAAUAGUUAUAGAAUGAGUAAAAUUGUAACAAAUCAGUGUAGUAGCUAGACGAAUUUCUGUAAAUGACUGUUCGAAUAAUUAUGCGUAUUACAUGUGACAAAUUCAUAAACAUAAAAUUAAGGAUUCGCCCAAUACCUUCAAUUUUUUAUUUUGGUAUGAAUUUCAGAUAUACCUACCUAGUAUAAUUUAUCCAUCCAUUGUAUACAAAAUGUAGAUUGUAAAAAAAUGAUAACUUUA